AUGGCUGCAUCAUUCUUCUUUCCGCGCCCGAUAACCACGACCGGCGAUCUUGAAGAUCUUUACAACACGUAUGGGGUUGAUCGCGCCGUCAAAUCGGAGCUGGCUUCUCCUUUAGAGACUCCUGAGACUGUUCGAGACGGAUACUGCAGAGCUUACCUAGCGUAUUUCCAAUCCUGCGGUCUCUCUUUUCCGAUCCCGGAGUCCGUGCUGGAAAUCUUUGCAGAGCUUGGGCUGUCGUUCACCCAAGCUUGUCCCAAUCUUCUAUGGCACCUCGUUGCGCUUCUGGUCAGGGCCAGAGAGGAGGGGAUUUCUUUUGGUCUCGAUGAGCUUCGUCAUCUCAUCUUGAUCAAGAAGAACAAGCAGAGUUCCGGGACUUUCCUUGCUUCGCCUCGUCCGGGGCGUCAUGUUACUGAGGCGGUCCCUUAUAGAGACGAGUUAUGGCGCGAACGAUUUUUCGUUUUCAAGAUCGAUCAAGCGUCCGUGGGUAGCUUCGACUACUCCAAGCUUUCGAGAUCUUGGGCUGGAGAAAUAGCACCUCCUUCUCCUAGAAGAUCGACUCCGUCGGGCCCUUGGUUUGUCCAUGAGGGUGUAGGUACGUUGACUGCUUCAGGAGACGACCUCCUAUAUUUAGCUUGUGCUGUUAGACCAGAGGGUGUUGCUCCUCCGUUACUUUCUUCUCCCGCGGAGAGGACAGCUUAUACCAAGAUGGUGGCUGCGAGCUUUUCGGCUAUAGAGGCUUGCAACGAGUUGGUUGCGGCUACUGAGCAUCGCGUUGGGGACUCUUGUAGGGACGCAGAGAUCGAGAGCAUUGGUCUGGACAUCAAGAGACUUUCGGCGGAGCUUGAGACAGCCAAGCUUGAGGGAGCAAAGGAUGCUAGAAAGAUCGCGGGGUUGGUUAAGGAUUGGGAAAGAGCUCGUAGGGAGAGUGCGACUCUUGCGGCUGAGGUUAAUGCGCAAAGGGCUAGGAUCGUGGAUCUCGAGCUGGAGAGGGAUCGCGAUAUUAGACGAGCUUCUCCGGCUGCUCGUUGCGACGUUGUACAGAGGUACUCCGAGAUCCUAUCGCGUCUGAAAGUCAAAUGGGUGAGCAAGGAGAAGGAGACGUUCGCCAGGAUUCAUCUUCAGGAGGUGGUGGCCAACAUAGACCUGCUGAACGAGCUUGGUGAGGGCGACCUAGAUAUGGAGAAGGAGCUCACUCGUCUAAAGGAAAUGGAGAAAUAUUGCGAAAGUCUCGUCGCUUUAGCCGCUACGUCGGAUUGGUCUCCUUCAGGGCUUGAUCUUCCCCAGGUAUUCGAGGAUUCGGUGGAUCAAGACGAAGGAUCUUCUGCUGAUCGAGCUGAUUCUUAG